AAGCUAUGAAGAAUUUCGGCUGCUAGCUUCAACCGAAUUUCUUCUGAGAGUUUGCAACGAAAAGUAAUCAUUAAAGUGAGGAUUCAGGUGGCUUGCUGAUAAAAGUGGUGAGCCAUCAUGGGGAACCAACUGACCGGUGUUGCCCCUUCUCAGAUCCUUCCUGUGGAGCAUUACCUGACCGAUGUGUCUGACUAUGAGUUUGACCACAGUCUCGGCAGUACCCGCUUCUUCAAGGUAGCAAGAGCAAAAUACAGGGAAGGAUUGGCUGUGGUGAAGGUGUUUGUAAUCCACGAUCCCUCCUUACCACUCAAGUCAUUUAAAGAAAAGAUCGAAGAAAUCAAAACAAGACUUGCAAAUGGCUCCAACUGUUUACCCUUUCUUAGAAGCACGUUAUCUGAUAAAGCCGCCCUUUUGUUCCGUCAGUAUGUGCGUAAUAAUCUGUACGACCGUAUCAGCACCAGACCGUUCCUUAUAUCCAUAGAAAAGAAAUGGAUUGCAUUCCAAUUGCUUUGUGCGUUGAACCAGGCUCAUCUUGUAGGGGUUUGUCAUGGUGAUAUAAAGAGUGAGAAUGUCAUGGUUACUGGCUGGAUCUGGGUUCUUCUGACAGACUUUGCAAGUUUCAAGCCAACAUACCUCCCUGAUGACAAUCCUGCAGACUUCUCGUUCUUCUUUGACACCUCCCGUCGUCGUACCUGCUACAUUGCCCCUGAGAGGUUUGUAGAGGGCAGCAGUGCCAGAUCGUCUGACAAUGUCUCAUCAGAGACUGUAGAGGGCCUCCAAGUCAGACAGGAUGUUAAAGGAGGAGAGCUAACUCCAGCCAUGGACAUUUUCAGUGUUGGGUGUGUAAUUGCAGAGCUCUUCACAGAAGGAAAUGCACCCUUUGACCUCUCUCAGCUGUUAGCCUAUCGGAGUGGAGCAUACUCUCCUGACGCUGUAUUGGAUCAGAUUGAGGAUGAACAUAUUAAGGACCUCUGUAAGCACAUGCUGCAGAAGGACCCCUCCAAACGCAUGUCAGCUGAACAGUACCUGGUAAAGGGGCGUGGCACGGCCUUCCCAGAAUUCUUCUACACAUUCCUCAAAGUUUACAUGGGAGAGUUUGCUGGCAUACCAAUCUACCCGGCAGAUGAGAAAAUAGCGAGGCUUCGUAAAGACAUGGGGAGUAUCAUGCAGACUCUGGUUGCCAAUAUGGAGGAUGGCGACAACAGUCAUCGCCAUAGCAACAAUGGACUGGUAAUAGUCCUGUCUCUGGUAACGUCUUGCUUGAGAUCACUAAAGUUCUGUGUUUCAAGAUUGGGUGCCCUGGACAUCAUGUUGAUGAUAGCAAAACAUCUACCUGAUGAUAUCAUAUUGGACAGAAUCAUUCCCUGUAUUCUCCACUUUGUACGUGAUCCGUUUCCAAGAGUUCGAGCAGAGGCCAUCCGCACCAUCACCCAGACCCUAAUCCUGGUUAAGUCUGUACCGAGAGGGGACGCCAACAUAUUUCCUGACUACAUACUACCAAAUUUAUCCAACAUAGCUCAGGAUCCCAUUGACAUGGUCAGGAUGGUUUAUGCCGAGAACAUCGCCGUGCUGGCGGAGACCGCCCUCAGGUUCCUGGAGAUGGUGCAGCUUGAUCAGAACGCUUCCCAGAGCGGGGAAACGGACGGAGUACAGAAUCCCGCCCAAUAUCAGGCUAGCUAUGACGAUGAGCUUCAGAACCUACACGGGAUGAUACAACAGAAGGUUGUCACCUUGCUCAGUGAUCCAGAAAACAUUGUUAAGCGAACCCUGCUGGAGAAUGGAAUCACCCGUCUGUGUGUUUUCUUUGGUCGUCAGAAGGCUAACGAUGUCCUCCUCUCGCAUAUGAUCACAUUCCUCAAUGACAAGGAAGAUUGGCAUCUUCGAGGAUCAUUCUUUGAUAGCAUAGUGGGCGUGGCCGCGUACGUGGGAUGGCAGAGCUCGUUCAUACUAAAACCUCUCCUUCAACAGGGAUUAACCGAUCAUGAGGAACAGGUCAUCUGUAAAGCCCUGAAGAGCGUGACUGGUCUGGUCCAACUUGGUCUUCUUCAGAAGCCUGCAUUGAUGGAGAUGGCUAAUGAGCUGGUACCAUACGUCUGCCAUCCAAAUCUAUGGAUCCGCCAGGCCACAGUUGGCUUCAUAGCAGCAAUAGCCAAGUCUCUGAACAUUGCUGACGUGCAUUGUAAUCUGACUCCUCUACUCUUGCCAUUCCUGAAAAAGCCCAUCAUACAAAUUGAUAAAGAGGCUAUCAUCAUGAGCGUGUUGAAGAGCCCCGUAUCUCGAGCCGUCUACGAUUACAUCCUUCGAUCGUCGAUCAUCAUAGACUUCUUUGACAACCUGACCGACAGGCAGUUGAUACGUAACCUAUGCAGGCCAGGUUACAAACCAGAGUACAAUGAACCCGAGAUGGGACAAAUGGCACAGCUCCUGAGGAAACUGCAAUCACAAGGAAUGACGGAAGAGGAUGAAGAUAAACUUCUAUAUCUGAGAGAAAUCAUGUUGAAGCAAUCCAAGGCUAAGAUUGGGAUGGGUGAUCUAACAAACCAAGCAUCAUCACCACAUGACCCCUUCACCCCAGGUCAGGUCAACCUCAGCGUCUACCCAGCCAUCCAGAAGAAUCACGCUGACCUCAUCAAGCCGUCUGACCUCAGGUCAGAGGUCAUGGAGAAGGGUCAAACUAAGAAGUCCAAGAAGAAGCAGAGCAAUGUAGAUACAGCAAUGAACGAGGAAUGGAGAAGUAUGUUUGGGACUACCCCUGACCCCAAGCCAGCCAAGCCCUCCCUGCAGCAGCAAACCUCUAUCAACACGCCUCCCCUUCAGUCAGGAGGGGACCUCCCACCCCCUCACGCCCCCGUCCAACGCUCCACCUCCAAGGCCGCCCUCCAGAAAGCCGCCGCCCAGGAACAGACCAUGCCCUCCAUUGGUCAGGGGCAGCCACAGGCUCAGGGGCAGCCACAGGCUCAGGGACAACCCAAGCAACAAGCACAGGCAACGCAGCAGCAGCGUGUGGAUGCAAAGGCAGCAACUCAGAAAGGGAGUCCAACAAAGCAACAACAGGGAACUGGCAAGCAGGUAUCUCCAACUCAGGCUGAUGCGGGCAAAGGACCAAUCAACAAGGGCCUCAUGGCCAACGAGCCGAUCAGCAUGUCACAGCUCCAAGCGGCUGCUGAAGGAAUACCUGUCAAGAAACCCGUACAGGAGGCAAAGCCUGUAUCUUCACAUGUCCAAGUCUCUCCUUGCCGGCUGAACCUGAGAAGCCUCGUCACGCGGAAGCGAGAUCAGUAUGCCACAGACAUCAUGAGAAAGAUGCUGAUCCACGAUACUACCUUCAAUGCCAAAGCUCCUCAGUCAUCAUGGAAACCAAGAGGUCUGUUAAUAGCACAUCUCCACGAACACAAAGGUGCAGUCAAUAGAUUACAAGUCAGUAACGAUCACACGCUCUUCACCACCUGUUCUGACGACGGCACGGUGAAGGUGUGGGACUGUACAAAGCUGAUCGGCAAGGCCAACACCAACAAGUCGAGGCAGACGUACAACAGACAGCCGGGGAAGAUAAAGACGUUGACCUUCUGUCAGUCAUUGCACAGCAUUGCUUCCGGGUCAGACGACGGCUCAAUACAUGUCAAUAGGAUAGAAGCAAGUCCUCCGAGACUAGCUCCUCUUGACAAGCGAGAGCUGAACGUGAGUGAGGAGGGUGUCCCGGUGGACCUGGCCCACUUUGAUACUGGUCCACAGUCGGUCCUGGUCUAUGCCACAUCCCAGGGCUAUCUGGUAGGCUGGGAUCUGAGGUCCCCUACGGAGGCCUUCAGGUUACGCAAUCAACAGAGACAUGGUUUGAUCACAUCGUUUGUGGUAGACCCCCAGCAGUGCUGGAUGGCCGUCGGUACCACGAAUGGCAGCCAUAUUUGUUGGGAUAUGAGGUUUCAACUCCCCAUCACCACAGUUCAACAUCCCUCAGGUGCUCUGGUGAGGAGGGUUCGUUUACACCCCAGCCAACAGUCCCUUGUAAUCUCAGCGGUGCAGGGGAACAAUGAGGUCUCUAUGUGGGAUAUGGAGACAGGGGCAAGGCAGUUUACCCUGUGGGCGAGUCCACACCCCCCUCUGUCCCUAACACAGACUUCCCAGCAUGCCAUUCACGCCCUAUACUGCAUUCCGUCCAUGGAGCAGACGCCAUGUUUCUUGACGGCAGGUUCUGAUCAGAGAAUCCGCUACUGGAACAUCACCAACCCUCAGCAAUCGUCCAUCGUAGCGGGAUCGGUCAAUGACCCGGUUACACAACUCAGUGUUUCUUACAAUCACCGAGUAAUAGACGGCACCGAAGUCAUCGUUGAAACGUACGGCAAGCAGCGUGGCGGAUCGGGCACAGCAGCGACGUCUGUCAGUGACGAGAGUCAGAGACGCAGCGCCGAGCAGGUUCCGGUCGGCCAUCGAGACGUGAUCACUGAUAUGGGUGUCUUCCAAAUAUCGUCCACAAGUAAUGCUUUAGUCACGACCUCACGUGAUGGUGUCGUCAAAAUCUGGAAAUGAAAAUUUCUUUGAUAUUGACUCAUCUUGAAGGGAACGAUGAAAACGUUGCCUGCGACAGAAUCCUUUUGCCAAGUGAUGACCAUGGUGCUUAUCCAGGCCGCCUUUGGGCAAGAAGUUCUUAGUCGCGUCAUGCACCCAUCUGCAUCUGCACAAGGAGAACUAGAUUAUUGACUUGCAAAUUUAUUAUUCUUUUGAAAAAGAAGAAGGCAAAGAGUUGACAAAUCAACAUAUCAGUAGAAAGCCUGUCAAUUAACAUCAUAUACCUAUCUCUAUUUGAAGCAUAUUCAUGGACUACCAAAGAACCUCCAUUUAACAUCCUAUCCGAGGGAUGAAGUGUUUUCCACUGUGACAUAGCCUGCACCUAUGAGUAUUUGUAUCUUAAACAAGCAAUCCCGUGAGCAGAUCAGGCUGUAUUGCCUUUGAAUUCAGUAUGAAUUUAAUGACCAAUAAUUACUUCCUCUUUCCAAAGUAAGGGAGUUUAUAUUAUUUGUGGAAUAUACAUGGAUAUCAUCAAUGACAACAAAUGUAGAAUAAUGAAUUUUAUCAUUGAAAUGCACAGUCAGAGGAUCAUUUGGCAGCUUUGAAUUUGUGAUGCAAAGCGUGAAGUGCAGAAUAUUCCUUUGCUGAUUAGUGUUCUCCUAGCUUGCAUGAGUUGCAAAGUCACUCUAAAGUUUGUGUGAUGAAGCAGUGCAAAUACUCCUAAGUUCAAGGGCAAGGAGAGUCGAUGCAUACCCACUGUGUCAAAUACAUGAAUCCAUUGUUAAAAGGGAAAGUUUACCCUGACGUAAAAUGGGUUUUCAUAAAAUCAGACAAGUAAAUGAAAUAUGACAGAUAUGAAACUCUGAGUAGAGACAUGUUGUAAGGGUUCAAAUUUUCAAUUUUUCGUUCAGACCGUCUUCAGGAAUUCUCAAGUCAUUUUAAAAGAAAUAUAUUAACAAUGGUACUGUUAAAUCCAUCAUAGGAUAACAAUAUUAUAGAUUCCUUAAGUUUUCAUUUUAUGAUGUUGUGUACGAAACCAUCACCAUUGAAUAUACCAUUUACCACAAGAAAGGAUCAUCAGUCGUUCUUGAAAUCGCUCCUAGCUUAAGAACAGAUUUAUGAAACACCAGAUUAUACAAGGGGGGAAAGCAGAUUUUACAGGAUGGUCUAGGUAGGCGUUGCAUAAAGCUGUUUAUAAGUUACGAGCGACUUUAUGAAGGACUGAUGAUCCUUGAUUAGGCGCUGAAUCAAAAUCAAUGAAACUUUGGUGUAUGUCAUCUACCACAAGAAAGGACCACCAGUCGUUCAUAAAGUCGCUCAUAACUGUAAUAUGAGCAGCUUUAUGAAAUAACAACCAGGUCCCCAUCUUACAAAUAGUUAUGAUUGAUCCAAUCAAUCUUAACUAUGGAAAUCCAUGUGUGUCAUAAUUUUUUCUACAGAA